GUCCGACCCAGUCUAGUUUUUGCCCUGGCCUGCGUUCUCUUCCGCGUCGCUGCAAAGGGGAGCGCAGAGAUAGAUUGAGAAUGGCAGAAGAAGCAAUCCUCAGUUACCUGGAAAAGGGCGAAGUAAUUUCAGAUUCCGGUGUCUUUGCUUCUGAACGUGGAAUUGACCACAAUGAGAUCGUUAAUGUCAUCAAGAGCCUCCACGGUUUUGGAUAUGUCGAUGCUGAGGACAUUAAGAGGGAGACAUGGGUGCUAACGGAUGAGGGGAAGACAUAUGCUGCUGCAGGAUCACCUGAAGUGCAACUGUUCCUGGCAAUACCGCCGGAAGGUAUCUCUAAAGAGGAACUUCAGAAAAAGCUAAACCCCGCUGCCUUCAAAAUAGGCUGUGCUCAGGCUGCAAAGAAUAAAUGGGUGGAGUUAGGAAAACAACUUAUAUCCCGGAAGGUCCAACAUGUGGAGGAUAGAGUUAAAGAAUUGCUUCUGAAAAUACAAGAGGGACAGGUUAUUGGUUCAGAUGAUAUUAAGGCUCUCAAAGCCCGGAAGCUUAUUGUUCCACAGACAUGGAACGGCUACUCAGUGAAAAAGGGCCCUAACUAUGCUCCGAGAAGAAAGAAAGUUGUCACUGAUCUAACUCGAGACAAUCUCCAGAGCGGAGAGUGGAAGGAAUUAGAAUUCAAAGAGUACAACUACAGUGCUAAAGGUCAGCCACUUGAGGGUGGAUACCUUCAUCCACUACUGAAGGUGCGUCAUCAACUAAAACAAAUUUUCCUCUGCAUGGGGUUUGAGGAGAUGCCAACAAACAAUUUUGUUGAAAGCAGCUUCUGGAACUUUGAUGCGUUGUUCCAGCCCCAACAACAUCCAGCUCGUGAUUCUCAUGACACAUUUUUUUUAUUAGCUCCUUCAACAGCAAAGGAUCUGCCUGAAGAUUAUGUUAAGAGAGUGAAGGACGUUCAUGAAGUUGGGGGUUAUGGGUCUAGGGGAUAUGCUUAUGACUGGAAAAGAGAGGAGGCAAACAAAAACAUCCUUCGAACACACACAACUGCUGUUUCCUCUAGGAUGCUUUACCAGCUGGCACAGAAACCAUUUGCUCCAAAAAAAUAUUUCUCCAUAGAUCGUGUAUUUAGAAAUGAAGCAGUCGAUCGAACUCAUCUUGCUGAAUUUCACCAAAUUGAAGGACUUGUCUGUGAUCGAGGACUCACCCUUCGUGACUUGAUUGGAGUUUUGUAUGAUUUCUUCUCACGCAUGGGUAUGACUAAGCUGAAGUUCAAGCCUGCUUACAAUCCAUACACUGAACCUAGCAUGGAGAUUUUCAGUUAUCAUGAAGGCCUUAAAAAAUGGGUAGAAGUAGGAAACUCUGGCAUGUUCAGACCUGAGAUGUUGCGUCCCAUGGGACUCCCUGAAGAUGUGCAGGUUAUCGCCUGGGGUCUUUCCCUUGAAAGACCAACGAUGAUACUAUACGGAAUAGAUAAUAUCAGGGAUCUAUUUGGACACAAGGUGGAUCUUGGUCUCAUAAAGAGAAAUCCAAUCUGUCGCCUUGGAAUUGAGUAAAACUCGACGUUUCUACUUUCAGAUUGUCGCUUGUCGUUUACAAUUUUUCUCAGAUGUCACCUGCCUACUUGUAUCGCUAGAUUUCAUCGAGACGCUGUAAUUGAUUGUAACAGCAUUUUUGUACAUCUAUCCACCAUCUCGACGAGACUGUAGUUUAUACGUAAAUUAGCAUUUGGGGCUCAACGACCAGGAUCUGUCAUUUUAUUAUUAAUUGGAUGUGUCAAAUUACAGAAACAAAACAUAAAGUAGAACCAACUAUUCUUUGCAA